AUGUCUCCACGUUGGCAUGAUGACUUGAUGCAACAUGCGUUUGCCAUGACGUCCCCGUUUGGGUCGCUUCGGAGGCAUGAUCCUGGCAUGCGGUACGCAUUUACCAUGUCCCGCAGAUCUUCAGUUGUUAUGAAUCCGCACGUGCCACGGCAUCAUGAGAGCCAGCAGCAGCAGCAGCAGCAGCAGCAGCAGCAGCAGCAGCAGCAGCAGCAGCAGCAGCAGCAGCUCAGUUCAUCAAGCUUCCGACGGCGCAACUCCCUCAACUUGAAGGCUCGCAGGAGCGGCAAGGCACCCACACGGUGUGCUUCUGCAGGCAUCAUACGUGAAGCUCUUCCCGUGGAAGAGUGGAGGGAGCAACAGGUGUUUACAAGCCACACUGCGUACCCGGAAAGUGACGACAUGGAUUCCAUGAUUUCCGGCCCCCCUUGGUCCGAGCCUCCACCCCAGAUUCAUUCCAACCCUCGUUCCGAACCUGCGUCUCUUUUAUUCCGAAGCCACAGUGUCUCUUCCCCACUGGAACCACCAGUCAUCCGUUCUUCAACCCCUGGUUCCCAGCUCGGUGUGGGCAACAUUGGUGGAGUGGGUGGUGUGAGUGGUGCAAUUGGUGCUGGUGUUGCUGGUGGUAUGGGUGCUGUUGGUCCUAUGGAUGGUGUAGCUGCUGCAGCUGGCAAUGUGGGUAGUGGGAAUGGCGUGGAUUUUACCAUUAAGCCUGCUGCCGGUGUUGCUGGUGGCGCUGCUGUCUCCCACUCGCACAGUGCCCUUCUCCCCCCUGUGUAUCCACCCUCAAAUUUCGAUCGUACCGCCAGCUUGCAUGGACACAGCAACACAGAGAAGCGCGGUGUUGAUUCCUUAGAGCAUGAUGCCUCUAAGAACAUUAAUGGCUAUGGGACAGGUGGUGCUCGCAGCAGUGGAGGAGACGUUGUAAUACAGGAGUCUGCAACAGAGGGCCUCACGCCUGCGUAUGAUGCUGGUGCUACUGCCCAUCCUAGUGCUGACCAGCUGCAUGCUGCUCAGCCUAGUGCUGACCAGCUGGAUUUGCAGCAUCAUAUCAUGGCAGACUUGACUCUUCCUCUGCCCCAGAUCUCAGCGGAUCAGUUGGCGCUCCUAAGAGAUGCUGGACACUCUGCGUUUUCUCCCUGGAGCGUCACCUCCCUAUCUCCUAACAUCGAAGGAGUGCCUUAUCAUAGUUUCGAGAAUCAUGCCCCUACUGCCCCGUUCAUGGCUAAUGAUGCAGGUGCAAUAGGUUUGGGUAUGGAGGUUGGGGGGCAGGCUAUAAAUGCAGGGGGGUUGUUGUAUUCAGGGGAUGGGGAGUUGGGGCAUGUGGGGGCAAUCAUCCCAGGUGCUGGAACCUACACAAUUGAUGAGCUAGAGAGGUUUUUUAUGGAUAAUGGGGAGCAUAGGGAAUAA